AUGUCAUUAUCAAACCCAAAGAGAUACGUCAAGAAACGGAAGAGUUUUAUCGGCCUCGCACUCCAGUUUAAGUUGAGUAAUAAAGACUUACGAUCCUCCGAUGCUUAUAGACAAUGUCAAAACAGAUUAUUGAAUGAAGAAAUCUACAUUAAAAAGUCAACGAUACGGACGCUCGAAAAUCAGUUUAAUGUCCAUCGAAACUCGCUCAGAGCAUCUUUAUCAUAUUUGGAUUUCACUCACAUUACCUGCCUUUUCCUCGCUCGAAAUGACAGAAUCCUUGCUGCUAACGACGAAACCCAAAAGAAAAAACUGUUCAACCUUGGUUUGCAGUCUGUGCCAACAAAACAUGAUCCAGAUCGCGUAAUCCACAACUUUUCGUCACACAUUCUGUCCGAAGCUGAUAAAUCGUUGCUGGCCAGAGGUCUGAAUUAUGCAAUACCAUCUUCAAAAGUCGAGUAUGCUGAUUAUAUGGUUUCCUUCGAAAAGCUCUAUCGUAAUGUUAAAAGUAUGGAAAUGUCGUCCGAAACAAGAGAUCUUUUAAAAUCGCGGAUGAAAGAUUGUGCUAUUUCAUCUUUUGAAAGUUACAAUUCCUCGAAGAAACCCAAAAACCUGAGCGAUGAAGAACUUGAAGCUCUGUUUUCGUUGGCAAAUAAUUUGGACUUAGUUAUUCAAAAAUCUGACAAAGGAAAUUCAGUUGUUCUUGUCGAUAAAGAUAUAUACGUAAACAAGAUUAGUGAUAUUUUGAAUGACACAGCGAAGUUUGCAAAAGUUAAAUGUGAUAAAGAGAAGGAGCUGAAUUUUAUCAUCAAUCAAGAGAAAAAAGUUACAGCAGUUUUGAAAACUUUGCUUGACAACGGUUCCUUGGAAAGAAGAUUACAUGAAAAACUUAAACCAACUGGGUCAAAGCUAGGAAUAUUAUAUGGUUUAUGUAAAAUUCACAAAUCUAUUGUUAACGGAAGUCCACCUUUUAGGCCCAUUUUAUCGGCUAUCGAUACACCCACCUGCAAUUUGGCUAAGUUUCUUGUACCACUUUUGGCACCCUUAACAGUUAAUGAGUAUACUGUUUUCAGCUCUUUUUCCUUUGCUGAAGAAAUUAGUAAACAGGACAGUAGUUUGUUUAUGGCUAGCCUAGAUGUUGAUUCUUUAUUUACAAAUAUUCCUUUGCAAGAAACUAUAGAUAUUUGUACUGAUUCUUUAUUUUCAGAGACUGACCCAGUCAGUAAUUUUUGCAAAAGUGAUUUUCGUAAACUCCUCUCUCUGGCCACAGAAAAUUCUUAUUUCACGUUUGACGGUCAACUUUUCAAGCAAGUCGAUGGGGUAGCUAUGGGAUCACCUCUUGGCCCCAGCCUUGCUAAUGCUUUUCUUUCGCACCACGAAAAGACUUGGUUGGAUAAUUGUCCAUCAUCCUUUAAGCCAGUGUAUUAUAGAAGAUAUGUUGAUGAUGUUUUUGUGUUGUUCUCAUCUCCUAGCCAUUUGCCUCUAUUUAAGGACUAUCUUAAUAGGCAACACAUCAACAUAUCUUUCACGUCUGAGUGCGAGGCCGAUAAAACUCUUCCGUUUCUUGACGUAUCUGUUUCUGGAAUGAAUCGAAGUUUGUUACAUCUAUCUAUAGGAAGCCUACAUUUAGUGGUGUUUACACGAAUUACAACAGCUUUUUUCCGGAAGAAUAUAAAACGGGUUUGA